CAGGGCUCUGGGGUGAGAAAGUUCUGCAGCCAGAAACUCUCCGAGGCGCGCAGGUGCCGCCAGCGGUGAAAGGCGAAGGGGCCCACGGCGGUCCCUGGCUCUCCGCCGCCGUCGGGGGCGGGGAGCGCAGCGGAGAACCGAAAGUGAAGGGAAGCCAGCGCCCGGCGGGGCAUCCCCGGGGCUGCGGGGCCGGCUCGCGUGGGUGAGCGCGGAUGCGCCCCAGUCCCGGCUGCCGGGCCGUCACUGCAGGGCGCUGCCGCCCAGCCGCCGGUGCCCCGGGCGGCGAUGCUGUGCUGCAUGCCCGGCGUGGCUUUCGUGCCCGCUUUGCUCGUCAGCUGGUCCUCGGCCGCCUUCAUCAUCUCCUAUGUGAUCGCCGUGCUGGCGGGGCACGUCGAGCCCUUCGUCCCCUACAUCAGCGACACUGGAACUAAACCUCCGGAGAGUGGUGUCUUUGGUUUUAUGAGUAAUAUUUCAGCACUUCUAGCUUCAAUUACAAUGUACAUCAGAUAUUUAUUAAUAGAGAAGCAAAAUGAAUCAUCACACUUUGUUAGGUCUUCAUGCAAUAUAUUUACAUUAUGUGUGGGAUUGAUGGGCUGCACUGGAAUGGGCAUAGUUGCAACUUUUCAGGAGCUGGCUGUUCCCAGUGUCCAUGACAUAGGAGCUUUGGUGGCCUUUGGCUCGGGUGUUGUGUACAUCACACUUCAGUCUAUAAUCUCCUACAAGUCCUGCCCACGAUGGAACACUUACUUUGUGUGUCACAUAAGGAUGGCCAUAUCUGUCAUAUCAUGCACUGCUUUCAUUCCCAUGAUUGUGUUUGCUUCAAAAAUUUCCAUGACAAGAAUUGAUUGGACUCCAGGUGAAAAGGAUUAUACUUACCAUUUUAUAAGUGCAAUCUGUGAAUGGACUGUGGCCUUUGGUUUCAUCUUCUUCUUUUUAACAUUCAUUAGAGAUUUUCAGAGAUUUUCUGUAAGGAUAUCAACAGAAAUACAUGAAGAAUCCUGAUAGUGAAAGAACAAUAUUUUAUAUCUAUGAAUAUUCUAGGUUUCUUUUUACUUAUAGAAAAAGUGACAGAGGCACAAGGAUUGAUAAGAUUGUAUUAAGAACACAUGCCAUUAACUCUGCACCAGCAAGCACUAAAAGAUUUUAAAAACUCGGAGCAAGGUUUCUCCUGCCUUUUUGUAAUAUUUUGUAAUUUUUAUAUGGUUUGGUAUAUUAAAAAUACUGUAAUGAAAGCAAUAUCUAGAAGCACCAGAAAAUCACUCAAGGACUUGAUCUCCUCAGCUCUUCCAUUUUGGACAUAUCUGUACUUUUUAAAUUUGCUGUAGUGUGAUCAGUAGCAUUAGUUUUAAACUUGAGAAAGUACAUUUUGCAAAGAGAGAAUUGUAAAGGCAAUGGAAAUCACUAGGACUGAAUUCCUACUCUGUUAAGUUGCAAGGGCUGGAGACGAUGGUGAGAGCAAGAGUGGGAUCUUUGUUUGAAGAAAUUUGAAGUUAAUAGAUGUCAACACUAUGCUACAUAUUUCUGAUGCUGAACACUGUAAUGCAAAUGCAAGUACUAAGAGAAAUUUAAACUAUAUUGCUUGAAAAAUGUUUUCUAAUCAUCACUGCAGUACAUGUUGUAAAAAUCCACCCCUUUUUCCCUUUUAUGCACUGAUGGCCACAGGAAACAAAAGACGGAAGUGGGAAUAGAAAGCAAAUUGACAUUUAAGCACGAUGUAAUAAAGAGAAAUCUUAUUGCAAUUUUGUUAAUAUAAAGCAGAACUUUCCAGCCUGUGUUUUGAUCUACAAUGGAGUGAAGAAGGUCUCAAAAAAAGUCUUGGGAAUUAAUGGAAAAUAAGAAGAGGCAGUAGUUUUCAGGUACUUAGAAAUAAAUGUAUGAGUAUUACAUACAUAAAACUGAAUUAAAAAACAAACCUGGAGAGCAUCUGUAAUGAAGAUAUUUGCUGCUACAGAGUUACUUCUGUAAUGAAAGACUUGAAAAGGAACUGAUUGAGAAGUCAGAUGUUACAAGUAUCUGCAGGUAAAAGGUUCUUUCAUGGACUGAUUCACCACCUCCAUUCAGUGCAUUAGCCACUUGGUUGUGAAUUACGUUCUCUGAAAAUUACAUUUUCCACACUAUCACAGUUUAUGCAGAAAUAUUGAUGAUUUUCAGUUGCUAAUAUCCACUAACUAAUGUUUGUUUGGAGAGUGAUGUCUUAAGAUUAAUCAUCUGUUAAUAUUUCUUUUAAUGUGUAUUUUAAACUGUAUUAAAUUCAGCUGUUUCACAA